CGGCGGAUACACAUCGCACCCAUCGCUCUUGGCCAGCUCGUCCCAACGGGCCUAAACGGUUCCGACAAGCGCACUAAUAAAGCCAAAACAAAAUAUUUAACAAACGUUUAUUAAAAUCAAGUCGAGCGUGCGCGUUUAUUUUUCGUGAUUAUCCAAACAGACAAACAACCAACUCCUCUUCUAAAUUGCGCCGCGAAGAGAUUUCCAUUUUUUAUUGGCCGUGGCGUGUGCGUUCUGUGACAGAGCCAAUGAACUUUGAAAUAUAGAAAAUAUUUCGAAAGACAUUAAAAACAAUAUAUAUACAUCCCUAUACUAAUUGCUGUCGGGAAAAUUUGUUUGCGGUGCGUCGCGAAAAAAAAACUCUUGUUUCUACGCUGCAAGAAUUGUUUAAAUUUACACUUUUCUUCCGCCUGAUCUGCUUUGUCGGUUUGUUCGUAAACAAAAUUUCGGCCUGAGUUUUCCCAUUCCACAUAUAUGAGCUGAAGAGUCCAAGCCAAAGCAACAAAUGUGACAAGUAACAAUAAAUUGUGAUAGAACACAUGUAAACUCAGCUGGCACUUCUGGGUUUCUAUCCUAUCCCCCAAGGAAUCAGCUUUCAAAGGACAAAGUCACACCAAUCUACAGUACAAACACAACAACCAACUCAACUCACCUAGCUUCAAUUGAACUCAUUUCAACAUGGAUUUCGAUCAGAUUUUGGCCAAAUGUGGCGACUUCAAUCGCUACCAGUUCAUGAUACUCGCCCUCUUUGGUUUUAUUAAUAUCAUCGUAUCGAUGCAUUACUUUACACAAACAGUCAUUAGUUUUGUGCCAGACCAUUGGUGCUAUCACGAUAAGCUGGUGAAUAUGACCUAUACGGAAAUCGGGGAAAUAUAUGCCAAGUUUGAGAAGCCCUCGUGCACCAGACUGGACGAAAUUUAUGGACCUCACAAUGUCACUGUUAGCAGCAAACCCUGCGAGAAGUGGAUCUACAAUUAUGAUUUCGGCUACAGAAGCAUGAAUACAGAGCUGAACUGGGUCUGUGACUCGGCGUACAAGGCACGUAUUGGCCAGUCCCUGUUUUUCAUUGGAUCCGUGGUGGGCACUCUGUUCUACGGUCUGCUCUCCGAUAAGAUUGGCCGUGUCCCCGCCCUAAUCUUGUCCAAUUUCUGCGGGUUUGCCGGUGAUUUCUCCACCAUAUUCACCAAGAGUGUGGCCACUUUUACACUCUGCCGUUUCAUUUCCGGUCUGGCAGCGGACACAAACUUCUAUCUAAUGUACAUUAUAGUUCUCGAAUAUAUUCGCCCCAGCAUGAGAACCCUGGGUCUCAACAUGGCAGUGGGUUUGUUCUACUGUUUGGGCCUGGUAUUCACACCCUGGCUAGCGGUUUUGGUGGGACACUGGCAAAUCUACCUGGCCUGCACCUCGCUGCCCAUUCUGUUGGUGGUGUUGUACUACUUUGUGGUGCAGGAGAGCGCCCAGUGGUUGGUAACCCGUAACGAUAUUGACGGGGCCAUAAUGAGGCUGAAGCGGGUGGCCAAGUUCAAUGGCUGCCGCGUUCCCCAAUCUGACUUCGAUGAGUUCCGGCGACACUGUCAAAUGACUCGCGAAAUGCAAGGCGGCGAUGACAAGAAGCAGGCCACGCUGCUUGACAUGUUCAAAACGCCGCGCAUGCGCAAGAACACACUCAUUUUGUUCUUUAAGAGCAUGGUGAUCACCCUGUGUUACGAUGCCGUCUCUCGUAAUGUGGAGGGAAUGGGCAUCUCGCCAUUCAUCAUGUUCUCCCUGAGUGCCUUGGCUGUGCUGCCCUCGAGUAUCCUGCUCGUCCUGCUGCAGGAUCGCAUUGGUCGCAAAGGCAUGGCCUCGGGAUCCCUGCUGGUGGGCGGACUCUUCACCGCCGCCGCCGGAAUCGCGAUCGCUUACCAGCAGCACAACCACAAUGCCAUUUUGCUGGCUUGUCUGACGAUCGCCGCCCGUUUCGGAGUGGCCAUCUCCUACGAGUCGGGAUCUCAGUACGCCACCGAGCUGAUCCCCACCUGCGUGCGAGGACAGGGAGUGGCUGCAGUCCACGUGGCCGGAUUCGCGGCCUCCUUCCUGGCGCCCUACAUCCUCUGGCUGGGCACCUUCUUCAAGGCGGCGCCCUCGAUCAUCCUGGGCGUCUUGUUCUUCGCCGGCUCCUUCGUCUGCCUGCUGCUGCCAGAGACGCUAAACAGGAGCCUGCCCACAACCAUUGAGGAGGGCGAGGUGUUCGGAAAGGGCGAGCGUAUGUUCGACUUCCCGUGCCUUCACAACCGGCACGAUGACGCGGAGUCCGAUUCCGAGCUGGAAAAGUACAAACGCAAGCAUUCGCUGAUCGACGCCAAGCAGAUGCAAAAUGAGUCCUGCUCGAAUGGCAAGCGCAAGCAGUCCUUGAUCGACGCCGAUCGUGAGGAACAGGCUUUGAAGGACGCCAAGCACUGAGGGGUAAAAUCCCGCCCUCAGUAGUUCGUAGUUUAGCUAACCAAUUUUUGCCUAGACCCUAAGACACCAGGCCCUUAGAUUGAUCCAGGCCCGAAUGGCCUUCGAAAUGUGUGCUCAGUAUGCGGAAGCCUUUUCAUAUUUGUAUAGAGUGUACCCCUUUAAAUUUAUAUAUACUUACAUAACUACUCUAGCUGGUAAAAAUUUAGGGCGUAGCUGUACAUUUAGCUCGAUUGAAAAUUACUUUUUCCAAAACACUGAUUGUGGAUAAGAACGGAAUCGUAUAGUUAACACUAAGCGGCACAAAAUCACUUAAAUGAAACCAAUUGAAUACUUAACAUAAGAGUUUUUCAUACCUACAUGUACAUAUGUGCGAUACUACUUAGGCCAGUAACUGAAUGUUCUAUUUUUGAUUUCGAUCUUUAAGCAAAUGAGAACCAUUAAGCAAACUGAUAAUAAUUAUUUUAAUUUAGAAAAAAAUAUAAAAUAUACAAAUCAAAAUCAA